CCACCCCCCCUCUCUCUCUCAUCCCCUCUCUCUCUCUCUAUGCAAAAGUCGUUUUGACCGUGUCCACCACCUCCAUCUCCAUCUCCUUCUUCCCUUCUUCCUGCUAUCUGCUUUAAUCUUUCCUAUGAAUUUUAAAUUGUAGAUAUCAUUAUUUUCACAUUAUAAGUUGUUGAAUAUAUAUUCUUCUCCGUUUUUCUCUGUUUUGUCCAUCCAUGGCUGUGUCUUUAUGUGAUUGAUCGUCUGCAGUGAUCUCUGUUGAAUUCUUGUUUGAAUAUUCGGAAUCCUUUGAUUCGAGAGGGGAAGAGAAGAAAAAGUUGGAAUCUUGUUUUUUUCAGAAAUGGGUAGCUGUUUUUCCACCACGAAAGUGAGUGGUGCUAAUGGCAACGCCCCUUCCAUCACCACCACCGCCGUCAACUUCCAUUUCGGGAACCGCCGGGCCGCCGCGUCCAAGCCAGGCGCCACAAAACAAGAUGUCCCUCCCAAUAAUCCUCAGAAGACAAGAGAAAAUAACAAGACUCAACACCCACAGAAGCAAUCCCAGCAGGUUAUCAAGAAUUCUUCAAAGAAGCCAAGUGGGGUCAUUCCUUGUGGCAAGAGAACAGAUUUUGGGUAUGAUAAGGAUUUUGAUAAGCGGUAUACCAUAGGGAAAUUGUUGGGACAUGGCCAAUUUGGUUAUACAUAUGUUGCAAUUGAUAAGUCUAAUGGGGAUCGUGUAGCUGUCAAGAGAAUAGAGAAGAACAAGAUGGUUCUUCCAAUUGCUGUUGAGGAUGUCAAGCGAGAAGUCAAGAUAUUGAAAGCUUUAGCAGGCCAUGAGAAUGUGGUUCACUUCUAUAAUGCCUUUGAAGAUGAUUCUUAUGUAUAUAUUGUUAUGGAGUUAUGUGAGGGUGGAGAAUUGCUAGACCGUAUCUUAUCGAAAAAGGAUAGCCGGUACACAGAAAAAGAUGCAGCAAUUGUUGUAAGGCAGAUGCUAAAAGUUGCUGCGGAGUGCCAUUUACAUGGUUUUGUACAUCGAGAUAUGAAGCCGGAGAAUUUUCUAUUUAAGUCCCCAAAAGAGGAUUCACCACUAAAGGCUACAGAUUUUGGUCUUUCUGACUUCAUAAGACCAGGAAAGAAAUUCCAAGACAUUGUUGGCAGUGCAUAUUAUGUUGCUCCAGAGGUAUUGAAGCGUAAAUCAGGCCCUGAAUCAGAUGUAUGGAGCAUUGGUGUGAUUACUUACAUUUUGCUCUGUGGUCGGCGGCCCUUCUGGGACAAAACUGAGGAUGGCAUCUUUAAGGAGGUUCUCAGGAACAAGCCGGACUUCCGCCGCAAACCAUGGCCAGGGAUAAGCAAUGCUGCUAAAGAUUUUGUAAAGAAGCUACUGAUGAAAGAUCCUCGUGCAAGACUUACAGCAGCCCAGGCCUUAUCACAUCCAUGGGUACGAGAAGGAGGUGAAGCUUCAGAGAUUCCUCUGGACAUUUCUGUUCUAAAUAACAUGAGGCAGUUUGUGAAAUACAGUCGAUUUAAGCAGUUUGCGCUUCGGGCUUUGGCUAGCACACUUGAUGAUGAGGAGCUGGCUGAUCUUAGAGAUCAGUUUGAUGCAAUUGAUGUGGAUAAAAAUGGCGUGAUCAGUCUUGAAGAAAUGAGACAGGCCAUGGAGAAGGAUCUUCCUUGGAAAAUGAAGGACUCACGAGUUGUCGAAAUCCUUCAAGCGAUUGAUAGCAAUACUGAUGGACUUGUGGAUUUCUCUGAGUUCGUUGCAGCUACCCUACACGUCCAUCAAUUGGAGGAGCAUAAUUCAGAAAAAUGGCAGCAAAGGUCGCAGGCUGCUUUCGAAAAAUUUGAUGUCGAUCGAGAUGGAUUUAUAACUCCGGAAGAGCUUAAAUUGCACACAUGUCUAAGGGGUUCGAUAGACCCCCUUCUAGAAGAAGCAGAUCUCGAUAAAGAUGGAAGGAUUAGCUUAUCUGAGUUCCGCAGACUCUUAAGAACUGCCAGUAUGAGUUCGCGGGGUGUGAAUAGUCCCGCUGCACGUCGAGGUGCAAACAAGAUGUUGCAAUGAGGUAUUUUGGCGCUUGUGAGUGGUGAGUAUAAUGAGAGUAUCCUAAAGAGUCCAAUCUGCUGCAAUUAUCAAUAUUCUCAUAUAUCCUUUUUUCAUCUGCACGUAUCCAAUGAUGCUCCUGUGCGUCCCUCCUGGACUUGUGGUAGUUAGUCAGGCUACGAGCACAUCAUGCCAAGGGUGCGGAAUGUAGAACAAGGUUCAUUGGUAAUCCUCAACAUUGGCAACAUGAAGAGGGCUUGUAUUACUGUAAAUUAUGUGUUGGUAAUGUCUAGUAUCUAGUUGCCUAUGAACUGAUGAUAGUCGUCAAUGAAAAUCGUUGUCGUUGUUGUCGUCUACUUUAUUUCGUUCCCUUUCUUGAAAUAUGUAUCACAAUAAACCUCUACUUGUAUUCUCCUUUUCAAGAGUAAUAGAGUUGGUAAA